UGGGUGGAGUUUGCAAGGCCGGUUUCUUCUGAGUUGUGCGAUACGCCAUUUUGAAGUGACAGAGAAAAUAGCGGUGAAACAGAAGAGUCGAGAAGCGGCAAUUUAAAGUUGUCAGGAUGGGAAAUAUAUUCACGAACCUCUUCAAAGGCCUGUUCGGCAAGAAGGAGAUGAGGAUCCUGAUGGUCGGGUUGGACGCUGCUGGAAAGACUACAAUCCUAUACAAACUUAAACUGGGAGAGAUCGUCACCACCAUUCCUACAAUCGGUUUCAAUGUAGAAACAGUAGAAUACAAGAACAUCAGUUUUACAGUGUGGGAUGUCGGCGGGCAGGACAAAAUCCGGCCACUUUGGCGCCACUACUUCCAGAACACUCAAGGGCUUAUUUUCGUGGUGGACAGCAAUGACAGAGAGAGAGUGAAUGAGGCACGCGAGGAGCUGACGAGAAUGUUGGCUGAGGACGAGUUGCGUGAUGCUGUGCUGCUUGUUUUUGCAAACAAACAGGACCUGCCAAACGCCAUGAACGCGGCUGAGAUCACAGACAAGCUGGGGCUUCACGCGCUUCGCCACCGCAACUGGUACAUCCAGGCCACCUGCGCCACCAGCGGAGACGGCCUCUACGAGGGCCUGGACUGGCUGUCCAAUCAGCUCAAGAACCAGAAAUGAGCCAUUCCAUUAGUCUGUUUGUCUCUUUGUAUGUAUGUGCGAGCGCACGCAUCUGAGUGUGUGUGAGUGUGCGUGCGUUUGUGUGUGUACACGCAGCACUUGCUCAAGCCCUGACUGGCCAUCCCGUUUCCUUUACUCUCAACCCCAUCAGCUCCCUCUGAUUUCCAGUGUACAGUCAAUCUGGCUGUGGUGCACAUAACUGCUACUGUGUGUGUGUGUGUGUGUGUGUGUGUGUGUGUGUGUGAGUUUCAGACCUGAGGAUGUAUGUUUACUAUGAUUGUGUGUGUGUGUGUACGGAAAGGCUAUGCCUGUGUCUGUUAGCUGGGACUGGGAAUGGCCCUGGCGUGCCUUUGAAACAAUUCCUGUCCUCUCGUGGAUCCCCCUCUGUAACCCCCACCACACGACACACCUGCCGCCACCCCCCCCCCCCCCCCUCCUAACUGGCCCAAUGCACGGUUGCCCCAGCCCUAUCCCCGCUCAGCUCUCCUCCUCCCUCUGUCUCUCUGUAAGCAUGGUUUUCAUAAGGCAAAGAAAGACCCAGGAUGUUAAACAAAUGCUGGGCUUCUUAUCAGAUCCACACAGUGCUUAACUUAUGUCAUUGGUGUGCAGGUUGCAUGGACAGUGGUUUGCAUUUAUAAACACAUUGGCUGUUGUUAAUUUUGUGUUCUUGUGGUGUUUAUUAGAAAUGGCCCCCACUUAUGUCAAGGUAGAAAAAUCUCCAUGGUAACCUGUAUCAGGUUGGAAGCAAGAUGUGAAAGAGAGAAAAAAAAUAUAUCUUCCUUGAUCAUUCUUUGCAUAGCCUGAAAAUCAUGCAAGCGGCCAUCUUUUCUUUUCUUUUUUUUUCACUCUCCUUGUUUGCUUCCUUUAAAGUUUUUUCCACCAGAAUUCGAAACUUGCAGUGUGGUGGCUCUCACACGUCUACACUACCUUUUUUUUUCUUUUGUUUGAUUUGUUUUAAGUUUGUUUGAUUUGUUUUAAUUUUGUUUCAUUAGAGAGCAACCAACUAGCACAACAUAGCGGAGGACGAGGGGGGGUUGCCAUGCCCACACCCCACCAACCCCCCCAUCCCCACUCCUCUUCCCAAUUUGGUUCCAAUAAAAAAAAAAAAAAACAUUACAAAAAAAUAAGCAAAUGUCACUCCAUUCUCAUUAUCCCAAAUUUUGAAAAACAAAGAGAGAUGGUAUAUAACUUGACUGUAUAACAAUGGAAGUGAGAACAUUUCAGUGUCCGCUGUUGUCUGUUAUCUCUUGUAAGGGUGAAAGCGAAGGACGUUGAGUAGGGCCGACUACAAAUCGUCACAGGGUUAGCAGGCCAGCUCGCCAUUCCAGCAGUUUUGGUUGUCUGUAAAGAAUGUUAUUACAAGGAAACCAGCUACAUCCAGAGGCUACAACCAUUGCUCUUUACAAAAAAAAAAAUGUUACAUUCUUUUUUUGUGUGUGUGUUUAAUAUUUACAUUUAUCUCUUAUUUUUUUUGUUUUACUACAACUGUUUAACCUAACAGAUUAGGAACAUGUGGGCAUAUCUUGUGUAUGGAUGCACUGUACUGAAUACUAGACGUCAGGGCCCAUAGCAGUGGCCAGUGAGAUUUUCUGUAUGCAAGAUGAUUCCAACGAGAACUCUUUACCCCUCAGUAAAGAGUAGACCAUUGCCCAACGAGUCUCCUGAUAUUCUUUUCAAUGAAGGCGCCACAAUUUCAGUUGAGUACAAUGAAGGAAUGUUCUAGAGAAGUGCGGUGAUGAUAAAGUAGACUGACAACGAAA